UAUUUCUUGGGAGGAAUUUAGAGGUGCCUGUAGAUUGAAGUAGUGUGUCAAGACAUAUGCCCAGAGCCAGAAAUGAAGGUGAACAUGGCAAUUCCUGGCCACAAAUAAAGCAAAUAUAUGCUUUACAGUGUGAACUUUGCUGCAAAAUGAAAAUGGACAAAGAAAAUAUGGUGGCCCUCCACCAGGCUGGGAUACUGCACCUCCAGAAAGGGGCUGUGAAAUUUUUAUUGGAAAACUUCCCCGAGACCUUUUUGAGGAUGAACUUAUACCAUUAUGUGAAAAAAUUGGUAAAAUUUAUGAAAUGAGAAUGAUGAUGGAUUUUAAUGGCAACAAUAGAGGAUAUGCAUUUGUAACAUUUUCAAAUAAACUGGAAGCCAAGAAUGCAAUCAAACAACUUAAUAAUUAUGAAAUUAGAAAUGGGCGUCUCUUAGGGGUUUGUGCCAGCGUGGACAACUGCCGAUUGUUUGUCGGGGGAAUCCCAAAAACCAAAAAGAGAGAAGAAAUCCUAUCGGAGAUGAAAAAGGUCACUGAAGGAGUUGUUGACGUCAUCGUCUACCCUAGUGCUGCAGACAAAACCAAAAACCGGGGCUUUGCCUUUGUGGAGUAUGAAAGUCAUCGGGCAGCAGCCAUGGCCAGGAGGAAACUACUACCAGGAAGAAUUCAGUUAUGGGGACAUCCUAUUGCGGUAGACUGGGCAGAACCGGAAGUAGAAGUUGAUGAAGACACAAUGUCCUCAGUGAAAAUCCUAUAUGUAAGAAACCUUAUGCUGUCUACCACUGAAGAAAUGAUUGAAAAGGAAUUCAACAAUAUUAAACCAGGUGCUGUGGAGAGGGUGAAGAAAAUUCGAGACUAUGCUUUUGUGCACUUCAGUAACCGAGAAGAUGCAGUUGAAGCUAUGAAAGCUUUAAAUGGGAAGGUGCUGGAUGGUUCCCCCAUUGAAGUGACUCUAGCCAAACCAGUGGACAAAGAUAGUUAUGUUAGGUACACCCGAGGCACAGGUGGAAGGGGCACCAUGCUGCAAGGAGACUACACCUACUCUUUGGGCCAUGUUUAUGAUCCCACCACAACCUACCUUGGAGCGCCUGUCUUCUAUGCCCCCCAGGCCUAUGCAGCAAUUCCCAGUCUUCAUUUCCCAGCCACGAAAGGACACCUCAGCAAUAGGGCCGUCAUCCGAGCCCCCUCUGUUAGAGGGGCUGCGGGAGUGAGAGGACUGGGCGGACGUGGCUAUCUGGCAUACACAGGCCUGGGUCGUGGAUACCAGGUGAAAGGAGAUAAGAGAGAAGACAAACUCUAUGACAUUUUACCUGGGAUGGAUCUCGUCCCAAUGAAUCCAGUCACUUUAAAACCCCAAGGAAUCAAACUUGCCCCCCAGAUAUUAGAAGAGAUUUGUCAGAAAAAUAACUGGGGACAGCCAGUGUACCAGCUGCACUCUGCCAUUGGACAAGACCAAAGACAACUAUUCUUAUACAAAAUAACCAUUCCUGCUCUGGCCAGCCAGAAUCCUGCAAUCCACCCUUUCACGCCUCCAAAGCUGAGUGCCUAUGUGGAUGAAGCAAAGACAUACGCCGCCGAGUACACCCUGCAGACCCUAGGCAUCCCCACUGAUGGAGGGGAUGCCGCCACCGCUGCUGCCGCCGCUGCUGCUUUUCCAGGAUAUGCCGUCCCUAAUGCAACUGUACCUGUGUCUGCAGCCCAGCUCAAGCAAGCGGUCACCCUGGGACAAGACUUAGCAGCAUACACAACCUAUGAGGUGUACCCCACUUUUGCAGUGACUGCCCGAGGGGAUGGAUAUGGAGCCUUCUGAAGAUAUCUUUUUUUAUUAUUAUUUAAGACUAAUACACAGAAAACUCUAUAAAGAAGAAAUAAACCUCUAACUCAGUCCCC